AUGCCAGCCACCACCACUCUUUUCCGCGCCACCCGGCCCGUGUUCCAGCAGUCUGCGCUGCGCUCGGCCUUCCGCGGUAACUUUGCGCCCCAGACCAGCCGCCGCUUUGCCAGUACUGCGACUACCGGAGAGGCGGCUGCUGCACAGAGCUGGUUCCAGCGCAUGUGGAACAGCCCUAUUGGCUUGAAGACGGUGCAUUUCUGGGCGCCGGUGAUGAAGUGGGCGAUUGUCAUCGCAGGUGUCUCCGACUUCGCGCGACCCGCCGAGAAGCUGUCGUUAACACAGAACGGCGCCCUAACGGCUACCGGUCUCAUCUGGACGCGCUGGUGUUUCGUCAUCAAGCCCCGGAACGUCCUCCUCGCCACCGUCAACUUCUUCCUCGGCUGCGUCGGCAUCAUUCAGGUCGGCCGUAUCAUCAUGUACCGCAGCUCGCAAAAGAACCUACCCGCCGCCGCCGAAGACGGCGUCGCCCAAGCCAAGGAGGCUGUCAAGGCCUAA